AAGGAGAGAUACCGACCCUUACCGCCUACUUCUUAUCAGACUGUAAAAGAAAUGAUCCAAGAGAUGAAAGACUCUAAUGUAAUCCGGGACAGUCGUAGCCCGUGGGCGGCACCCCUGGUCCUUGUAAAGAAGAAGGAUGGUGGUAUCCGUUUCUGCGUGGACUAUAGAAAAAUUAACCAAAUAACCCACAAAGACGCGUACCCACUGCCCCGCAUUGAAGAGUCACUAACUGCUCUGGGCUCCGCUGCCUAUUUCUCCACAUUGGACUUGACCAGUGGCUACUGGCAAGUACCCAUGGCCCCGGCAGAUAGGGAAAAGACUGCUUUCACCACUCCCAUGGGCCUGUUUGAAUUUAAUUGUAUGCCGUUCGGGUUAUGUAAUGCCCCAGGAACUUUCCAGAGACUAAUGGAGCGGUGUUUGGGUCACAAAAACUUCGAAACAGUGCUGCUGUAUCUAGAUGACGUCAUUGUGUACUCAAAAACAUAUGAAGACCACCUGAAACACUUAGCAGAGGUCUUUGAAAUCCUUGUCAAAUAUGGCCUGAAGGUAAAGCCAUCUAAAUGCCACUUGCUCAAACCUGCGGUAAAAUACCUGGGGCAUGUGGUAAGCGGAGAGGGCGUACAACCUGACCCUGAUAAGUUAGCGGCUGUCCGUAACUGGCCGGUACCCACUACCGUCAAAGAGGUGAGGGGUUUCCUUGGUUUUGCCGGCUACUAUAGACGUUUCAUCCCCCAUUUUGCUCAAAUAGCCGAUCCUCUCCAGGAACUCUUGAGGGGGCAGCCCAAGAAAAGUCCUAGAACUCCCGUGCUCAUUGAGUGGAAUGAAGAGAGAGAGAUAGCGUUCCAGUUGUUAAAAAAGAAACUGACCGAGCCUCCCGUGUUAGGUUAUCCCGACUACAGCAAGCCCUUCCAUCUGUAUACUGAUGCUAGCAAGCGAGGCCUGGGGGCUGUGUUAGCCCAGAUUCAAGAGGGAAAAGAAAGAGUGAUAGCUUAUGCAAGCCGCUCCCUGAAAGGAGCUGAGAAAAAUGACCAGAAUUAUAGUUCCUUCAAACUAGAAUUCCUGGCAUUAGUGUGGGCAGUGACGGAAAAAUUCAAAGAUUAUCUAGCCGCUACCCCAUUCAUUGCAUUCACUGAUAAUAACCCUCUGGCACAUCUAAAUACAGCUAAAUUGGGGGCUCUGGAGCAAAGAUGGGCCUCUCGUCUCGCCAACUAUGAUUUCUCUGUAAAAUAUCGCGCUGGACGUACUAACGACAAUGCUGAUGCUUUAUUUGGGGUCCAAAAGACUGAGGCAAAUAUCCGCCAGCGGUUUUACUGGGUGGGCAUGAGAGAAGACAUGGAGAAGUGGUGUCGGGAGUGCGUAGCCUGUGCCUUGAAACGAGGUGAACACCAUGAUCAGAGGGCACCACUGAGACCCAUUGUAAGUACUCGUCCUCUUGAACUUGUCGCCAUCGACCAUGUGAAACUGGAGCCUAGUCGCUCAGGGUAUGUGUACGCUAUGACUAUUAUUGACCAUUUCACUAAGUUUGUUGUAGCGGUACCUGUGAGAGACCAGACGGCCAAGACUACAGCCGAACUGUUCUGGAAACACUUCCUCCUGCCCUACGGUUGUCCAGAAAAGAUCCUCACCGAUCAAGGUCCUGCUUUUGAGUCCCAUCUGUUCCAUGAACUGUGCCGCCUGCACAACUGUAAGAAGAUCCGGACGACGGCCUACCAUCCGCAAGGUAAUGGAUUAUGUGAAAAAAUGAAUCAGACCUUGAUAGAGAUGCUGAGGACCGUGCCUCCUGAAACCCGGGGAGAUUGGCCUAAUCUGUUGCCACAACUCAUGUUCACAUACAAUCAUACCAUACACUGUUCCACCGGGUAUACCCCCUUUUAUUUGAUGUUUGGGCGCCAGUUGGGACAAGUAUUUCAACGAUUGCGGGAACAUGGGCUCAAACUGAAACCCAGUAAAUGUCGGUUGUUUCAAUCUGAAAUUGAUUACUUGGGUCAUUGUGUAUCAGGAGAAGGGGUGAGGCCGUCAAGGGACAAGAUAGCGGCUGUUCAAGACUGGCCGACACCGACUACCCUGCGAGAAGUGAGGGCGUUCCUGGGAGUAGCCGGCUACUAUCGACGGUUUAUUAAGGACUUUGCUAGAGUAGCAGCGCCACUUAAUGCUCUCCUACGAGGCACCGCCGGGGGUCCGAAGAACCGGUCUGUGAAAUGGGGCCCUGAACAGGAACACACCUUCCAGGCAUUGAAGGAUGCUCUUACAACGGCCCCAAUCUUAGCGUAUGCUGAUUACCACUUGCCCUUCCAGCUAUAUACCGAUGCAAGCCUGUAUGGUCUCGGAGCGGUGCUAUCUCAGUUCCAGGAUGGCCAAGAGCGUGUCAUAGCGUAUGCCAGCCGAUCCUUGCGAGAUUCUGAGAGAAACCCUGACAAUUAUAGUUCAUUCAAGUUAGAACUGUUGGCACUGGUAUGGGCCAUGACUGAGAAAUUCUCUGAGUAUUUGACCGGAGCUGAAGUCUUAGUACUGACUGACAACAACCCAUUGGCUCACCUGGAAAAUGCCAAGCUCGGGGCUUUGGACCUUGGGGCUUGCUUUGAGGGACAUGUAAUGAAAGAAGUUCAACGUAUCUACGGGAUAAAGAAGUCGCACACGACUCCAUACCAUCCCCAAGGAAACGGAGCCUGCGAACGAUUUAAUAGAACUCUGCUACAGAUGGUGCGG